AUGGACUCGGUCUCACUCUCCAGCGGAUCGAGUACCCACGAUGAACCUGGGAGCGAGAUCCGCAAUGAACAAGUCCAGUCGCCAUUCCAAGUUCAGUCAGUGCCGGGAUCUCAAUUCGAUGCGAUGCCCGAGAUCGAUCAAUCUCAAGCCCGGACCUGCGCAGAGAUUGUCAGUAUUGGUAAAGAGUGGGACGGAGAGUGGAAUUCAAGACCUUCGCGGUUGCUGGAAACGUCAUUGUCCCUGAGUGACCAGAAUCCCGGCCAUUUCACGGAGGCCCAAAUUGCCACCGCCUGGGCCUGCCACUUCAUCGAUCAGUUGUCCCUGAGGUGUAAGCAGUACCUCAUGGAAUGCUUCUGGAAUCAUUACAACUCGCUCUUCUGUAUCGUGGGCAAAGAUAUCUUCCUCCAAGGUAUGGAGACGGGUGAGAGCCAAUACUAUUCCGUGUUUCUGCAUUUGGCAAUCCUCGGUGUCGGUUUCUUGUAUUCAGACCCGGAGAGACCGGAGGUGCAGGAUUUUGACACAGGGAUAAGCUCGCGAGGUGGACGGAUCUCAUCCUUGCAUCGAGAGUGCCGGCUGCUAAUGGAGUCCGAAAUGGAGGGCAAGUCAACCGUUGCACUGGCUCAGGGACUCCUUCUCCUGGUUGAGCUUGAGAUCGACCAUGACAAUCUGGCCUUCGCGAGCAACCUUAUAGGUGUCGCCUGGCGACUUUCCAUCGAGAUCAAUCUACAACAAGGCGCUGCUCAGCGAUGGUCGAGGGGAGUCCUUUGGGCUUGCCUCAUUUACGAUAUUCACCGCUCACAACUACUACACCGCUCGACAUUAUUAAAGCAAUGCGGGACAAGAGCGUUGCAAGCCAGAUGGGACACCGAGUACCAGGAUGGAUUGAGAGAGCAGGACCAAAGUAUCUACUUUACUCUUCUAGGCCUCACGGAGCUUGUGCAUGAACUACUUGAGAAGUUGCCUCCGAAACCGAGCGGCAGCAUCGAUGAUGCCGGUACCUUUUUUGAGAUGACAGCACUUUAUCAGAAACUCACCGAACGCUGUCAUUCAUUGCCUGAAGCUCUCAGGCCUGGCUCUCCAACUAGCCAAUCUUUCCAGGCUCACAAUAUUUCGUUCUUCCAGUAA